GGUCAAUGAGUCUAACAAUGUUUAGUUGAGUUGUGUGACGAAACCAAUGGAGGUCCGGGGAUGCCCUCGGUUUCUCGGAGAUGGUCGGCAUCAUCCAAGGCAUUCUUCCUUGUAAAAGGGAGAAAAAGGUAAAGCAGACGCGAGACCUUUAUAUUAUUCUCCUGAACAUUUGUCUAAAUAUUACAUACGACGCACCGAGACAAAUCGGAGGAAACGUACCUAGGCCACUUACCUUGCUAGCGAGCCAACUGAAUCACAAAGGUGGAAUGGUGGUGGUUUGAAAUCUUACAGUGCAGGUCAAGACGUGGGAAUCAGGCUUGACGAAGUGGGAAACACAAGCUAGACAAUGGCACCGCGACUCACGAAAUGGCACUUCAACAUUGAUUCAUAUUCGAACCCCUGGAUCCCAAGGAACCCGAGCCACCGACUGCCAUAUCCUGUGGCACGUUUCCUUGGUCAUCGACACCCAGACCGGCCUCAGCAGGCAGUCGGUAAUCUAAUUUACAUCUUUUGGGCCUUUGUUGGCGUCUUUGCCUCCAUCCUCCUCAUUCUGGCCGUAAAUCACCAUGUCGGUGAAUUCCGCGCCCACAAUGCUCCCAUGAUCGUAGCCAGUUUUGGAGCCGCCGCAGUUCUUGAAUUCUACUCCAUAGAGGCCCCGCUGGCCCAGCCACGGAACGCCAUUCUCGGCCAGGUCGUCAGCGCCCUCGUCGGAACCAUCGUCGCCACCAUUUUUGGAGGCCCGGACCGGUUGCUGCAGAGUACGUCCGACGACCCGACCCUCGGCUUCCAUUCCCUCGUUUACCGCUGGGCGGCCGGAGCUCUGGCGUGUGCGGCCGCGACGGCCUGCAUGGCCUUGACGGGGACGGUCCACCCACCCGCGGGUGCCACGGCGCUGAUGGCCGUUGUGGACGACCGCAUCGUCGGGCUCGGCUGGUGGUAUGUACCCAUAAUGCUACUGGGGUGUGCCUUGAUGCUUGGUGUUGCGCUGCUGGUCAACAAUAUUCAGCGCAGGUUCCCGGUCUACUGGUGGUCUCCCGAGGAGACGGGCUCCGCGUGGUAUAAGGCCGUCAAGGAACCCGAGGACCAAUCUCGUAUAGAGAUGGGCUCGGCUAAGGUGGAGGUUGACCCAGCGCAGGAUGUUGAGUCGAGUUCUACAGACGCGGAAUGCGAGCAGUUCAUUCUCAUCGCUCGGGGGUUGGUAGAGGUGCCGAAUCACGUGCAUCUACUACCAGAAGAGAGGAAUCUACUCGAGGCGAUUAGCUUCAGGAUCUAGGUGCUUCGCAGACAAUAUGUACAUAACCCAUCUUUUUUUUUUCUGCAUUACAGGCAUAGUCAAGCUCGUAUCGACAUGUGUAAGGCUUGCAUAGCAGCAGCGGAAGAUUUUACUGAAUCAAUACUGGC